AUGGGUGUAUCUGACAGAAAAUCUCUUCCACUUCCCGCUCCUACCGAAACCGAGACUAAUACCACGCCCACCGACCUCACAUCAACGGCGGAUGGUGUGAAUCCCGGCGACGAAAAGUCCUCAUACUCCAUCCCCGAAGACGGUACUCCCGUCACCAUUGCUACCCGUGGUCACAAGGCUAGCAAGUCUCAGACCUCACUGCUCAUCGAGUACUUCGAAGGGGGCAAGUCUACCGUCGGCUCAACAGGAGAGCGCCGUCCCAGCGUUCGUGUCCGACUGACACCUUCCAAGAGAGGUCGCUCUGAUCAUCACAUUCAAGUCACCGAGAGCGCUCGUAACACCUCUGUGACUCGAAGGAUACCACUGGGCGAUUCUGAGUUCGACGCAGACGACGGCCAAAGCAUGGACUCUUACGCCUCCGCCACUGAAGAGUCUAACGUCUCGAGAAAUCCAAUUGACAUUGAGAUUGAUCGCAGCCACAGACGUAGACGGCCAGCCAGCCCACUGAUUCCCUCAGAGACGUACAACGUCAACGCUUCAGAUAUCUCUGCCAUCCCAUCCGACAGCUUCCUUGACGGCACUGGCAACAACACCGACGCCAAGGCAGAGAGCCCAACAGGAACAAGGGAUAUGGCCACAGCUGCUGGUGCCGGUGCACUGGCAACCGCCGCAGCAGAAGAAGUCAGAAAUCGCAAGAGCAGAACCAGAGAUAGGUCGAAGGUUUCCACAACACACUCGUCGCGGGAUAAGUCAACAUCGGAUAGAAAACGUCGACCAAAGAGUAGGACCAGCAGCGUUUCCGAGAGGACGGAGGAGCCUAUUAAAGCCCAUCGCCGUCGCUCCAGCAGAAGCCAACAACCGGAAUCCAAUGUGUCAGCUCUUGACUCGAAUGUCUCAUCUCAUUUGGCUCCUAGCCACCGCCCACACCCAGCACAUUCCUCACGAUCAGAUGUCUCUAAAUCAUCAAUCAACAAUCCAAAGCUGCUUGAGACCGUCGAAGACGCUAUCCGCCGACUAAUAUUGCCCGAGCUUAAUGCUCUGAAGCGAGAAACCAGUAAGAGGGAGGGUCGCCGAGACUCUUUCACUUCAUCAGGCACAUCAAUUUCCAAGGACGAGUUGACACCCGACCGCCGGCGGUCGUCGGGUCAACGACAUGAAUCCAAGGAUAGGCGCAACAGAGAGGCUCGUCAUGUCCUCGAGGCCAACUCUGAUCUGAGCCAAGAUUCUGUUGAAGACGAUUACCGCCAAUAUGAGAACGACUCUGUCGCUCCCAAGCGGGAUAUGCUCAAGGGCGCGGCAGCUGGUGCCGCCGCCGCUGGUAUUGGCUCGUCUAUCUUGUCUGAUAGCACAACAGGCGACCGAAAGCCAAGGGAGCGACGGCGCCGAAGGGCUGAAUCUACUCACAGCCGUGCUAUGAGUCGUGAUCCUUAUGCGGACCAAUAUGAUGACAACGUGGUUCCUCAACCACCAAUGCCUCUUAUGAGUGAAAUCAACCCCUCAGAAAUGACCAGGACUUCUAUUCGCUCCGCCGAUACCGACAGACCUCACUCAGCUAGCGAGGAAAUCACCCCUAUCAAGAACAUCCCUGGUGGAUAUGUUUCUGGUAACUCAACCCCUACACCUUCAGCAACUCCCUCAAAUGUCGACAACAGAUUAUCUACCUCUCACGCCAACGUUUCACAAGGUGACCUGCGAGCUCUACCCCGUGGUCAGAAGGAUUACGUGGAGGAGUAUGAGCCAGACGAGUAUGGCCAGAAGCACCCUCUCGAACGCCAGGGUCAGUAUGAAGAGGAUGAUAUUUCUGACAAUGAUUAUCCUGAGGCUGGAUACGACAACUCCUAUUUCGCUACUCAGGAUGUCCCUCCUCCUCUGAAAUACGUACCCUAUCAGGCCGGUGCCCGGGGUCUAAGCCCUAUUCCCAGCGUUUCUGGUUAUACCGAGGGAGGAAGCGAGUAUCACCCUCGCAACUCAAGGAGCAUGCACUCUACGAGCGAUGCUUAUCAUGAGCAGGCUGGUGAUCGUCGCGAUAGCCGGUCAACUCCUUCUCUGAAUUCAUUACAACAGCGGGAGCUCGACCAGAUGUCGCCUCAAAGCUCUGGCAUGGAUUAUCGCCACAGUAACUACGGCGAAGACAGCGAGUUAGAAAAGGUUGCGUCUGGACAAGCCGUGCGGGGCAUUGCUGCCAACCCCAAUUUUGUACACCAAACCAUGGGUCCCGAAUCAGCAGUCGCUUCUCUAGUAGACGGUUCAAUGCUUGACCCCUCUAUGCUGAGUGCUGCAUACAGCGAUUAUCCUGGUCAUCGUGACUCGGCACUGUCUUACGAUGAUCAGUCAAGGACUUACAGCAGCCGUGGUGCCAGCCCUGAGAAGCAAUACCGGGAUGGCAGCGAGCUGGAGCCUGAGAGACACGCCACGCCUGGGGCCAGGUCGAACAAGUCUCAAGAUUUCACUGAAUACGACAUCGAUGAGCACGGCCGCAAGGUACCUCGAACAAGAUCUCCCACUGCCUCAGAAGUGGCUAUUGCAACUGGCGCUGUUGCGGCUUUAAAAGCCGCCCAGGGUAAGAAGCAAUCGUCCACUGAGGAGCCCGAGGAAUACCAAGGCGCUGGCGUCUUCCGAAAUAAAUCCUUCAAGGAGCGUACUUUGGAGGGCCACGAACCUCGCAACACACCUGCGCACAGCAUCGACCGUCUUUCCUACGAUGAUUCACCCAAGAUGGCCGCCAGUGGUAUGCCUGACUUCAACAACCCUAUGCCCGAGUUUGGAUACAUGGACGAUGAUGCUCAGACCAACCCUUCGAUCGUGCAAGAUCGUCUUGAUAACGAGCACCGCGAUGAUGCCUCAGAGGGCCGUGUUACACCUACGCCUCGAAAUAUCGCCGCACAACGUGCUGAGAGCGCUGCCAGCCAAGAUGAAGACGAGUGGCAGCGCACCUCCGAUGAUCGCAAGCGAGAUACCCUCAUCACUAACCCAUAUGAGGAUACCAGCCCUGUUGCUAACCCAGCACUGAACGACAACAUCAUGGCAGCACGUGGUUUCGGGGCUCCCUACCACACCGGAAGCCCUGGUUACAACCCCAAGUACGACGAAGGCUACAUGUCCAACGGCAAUAACCGAACUCCCGAUCUGCAACCCAACACCAAGGCUCUGCACAUGUCUUUACCUGGAUCUCCCAACGCUGCUGGCCAAGAUCCUUUCUACGCACCCAAGGACGCUCGCCACAUGAGUGGCAUGUCUCAGGGUAUGGGCUCGCCCUUCUUCGAUGCGGCCACCGGUCAAGGAAUCGACCGCAUUGAGAACAAGGACAUUGUGUCCUUGAUGCAGCACCUCAUGGUCCGCGAUGCUCAGCGCUCUGCUCGAGACACUGAGAUCGUGGCGCUGCUCAUGAACUCCGCUCUCGAGAUGCGCACUUCCAUGAACGAACUUAAGAACCUCGUUCAGGACACCAGUGACGAUGUUAUCUUUGCUGGCACCGAGAACACUGAGAAGCUCCAGAAGGCCAUCAAUGGUCCUCGCCCAUACCCUGGUGCUCGAUCAGUUCAGAGCAUUUCCCAAAUCGAUACCUUCAACGAGGCUGCUGCCAAGAAGAACUUGUUCAAGCGAGCAUUCCAAGGUCUCAGCAACAAGGGUACUAGCGACUUCAAGCGCAUCGAGGAGAUUCUUAUGCAAAUUCUCGGCGAAGUUGAUGACCUGAAGGUACAGGGCACUAACCAAGCCCCCUCUACCAGCGGAGGACGUGGUCCUUCUUUCGACAACUUGCAGCCUGAGGGUCACUUCGAGCAAGACCGAGGCUAUGAGCCCGAAGGCAACUCGACAAUCACACCCAGCCAAUCGGGACAUUUCUCUCUCUCUAACUCUCGAUCUCGCCUCGCCAACGAGCGCAAGUUCUCCGAUAACCGUAUCAGCACUGUGGCCGAGCAUGAGGACGAAUAUGAGCAUGAUCACCCUAGUCCCUCCGCUGAGCGUAGCAACCCCAACAUGCUGACCCCUGAUCGAUCGGGUUUCCAACGCGGCAGCUCUGUUCCCCUUGAUACUCCUCCUCAGCCCACUGGCGUUGCUCAGCCAAUGAGCAAUGAGAACACUCCUCGUACAGCGGAGAAGAAGAAGAAGCACAAGUCUGGUCUUUCAGGCUGGUUCCCCAAGAUCUCUAGAUGGUCUGGAACGACAGCUUCCAGCCAAGGCAAGGGCAAAGAGGAGCCCAAGUACGACGACUACCCUCCUUCGCGUUCCGCUUCUAGCUUGGGGUCGUACAACGAUGGCGAUUAUAACCAUGGCCCCUACGCCGAUGACCAUCUUGACAGUGCAUACCCAUCUGAGCUUGCAUCAGCACCCAGUGCUGCUGGCGCUAUGCCUGCACCCGUUCGUCGUGAAAUCUCACGCACUCCGGGCGAUGCUCCCAAGUACAAGGUUCACCGAAACUCAUUGAACCUUCAGCACCCCCAGCCCAGACAGGGUCAGACAGAGCGCUUCCGCAACGCUCUGGAGUUCUCGGCGCAAGAGUACAAUGUUCCGAUGACACCGAGAUCCGCGGACUGGGGUGGCUCAGUGUCCAGCUUCAACCAGAUGGGCCAGAACACCAACAGAUACAGCCAGGCAUCAUCUACUGGUGCUCCUCAGGACCCAUCUUACUGGACCACCUCCCCUACUGGACCUCCCCGUCCUCCCAAGGAGCCUAUUGAGCCCACGGGUAGCCCUUCGGCUAUGUCUCCUAUGUCACCACCAAGAGGCAGCCGCAUCUCCAAGCUGGCAAAGGGCAGCCCCGCGCCGCACCCCAGUGACGAGAGUGGCUAUGCUACAAUGAGUGGCACCCAUUUCAGCAACUACACAAGCAGUCCCAAGCCUGAGAACCGUAACUUGAACGCUGCUUUGGGCGUUCCUACUCGACGACCCAGUGGUCCUCGGGCCAUGACUCCCAAGAGCCCUGAGGAAGAGUCUCGCCGACGCAAGCGAGAUACUUUUGGCAGUGUUGCCUCUCACAACACGGAUGAUACGGAGACCUUUUAG